UGUUGAAUUAUGGGAUUGUUCGUUUGUAAAUUCGACGCCAUUUCUUGCUCUGUGUUGUUUUAUCAAUAUUAUAAAGUAUAGUUAUUUCUAAAUAACUAUUAAAUUAUAUAGGAAGAAGAAAGAUUAUAAAAUGGACCGUCCUCCUGGAACAGAAUAUUAUGAAGAGGGAGCUAUACAGUCAAGUAGUUUUUCUGGGGGGGAUGUAAAUGAACAGAGAGAUUACUAUAAUAAUCAAGAUAAUAGUAUUAAUGAUUAUUAUAAAAAUAUUUCUCAACCACAAAUUCAUUCAGAAUCUUCCUCACCAUCAUCUGCAUCAUUAUCUACAAAUCCCUCAUCACAGAGAGAUGCAGACAGACAACAAAGAGAAAGAGACAGAAAUCGACGAAGAGAUAGAAUAAGAAGUAGGGAUUAUAAAUAUGAUAGAGAAAGAGAUAGAAGUCAUGAAAGAAGUGACAAUAAUUUCUAUAAUUAUGACGAGCAGUCAAGUAAUUAUGAAGGAUAUGGAUAUGAUGAAAACUAUAAUGAAAACAGAGAUACGUAUUUUGAAGGUGAGGGGUAUAAUAACAAUAAUAAUUAUGAUGCUGACAACAGUUAUGCCAAUCGCAGAGAUAAUUAUAACAACUACUCAGAAAGAUCUGAUGAUUAUGGAGAGAGAGAUGAUAGAAGAAGCCGAAGCCGUGGGAGAGAUAGAGAUCGUGGUAGAGAAAGAGAUAGAGAUAGAGAUCGGGAUAGAGAAAGAGAUAGAGAUCGUGACAGAGAUACCAGAGACAGAGACCGUGAUCGUGACCGAGAUAGAGAUCGGGAACGUGAUAGAGACAGAGACCGUGAUCGAGAUAGAGAUAGAGGACGAGAAAGGGACUGGAGAGAGGAAAUUCCCAAUCAUACAAUUAUGGUUAGAGGCUUAGCAUCAAAUGUUACUGAAGGAGAUGUAUAAACUAACACUUUAUACCACUUUGUACAUGCCCGUGUAGGUGCAUCCCGCGGCUUUGCUUUUGUGGAGUUUCAGUUACUCUCCGAAGCCGUGCGCUGGAAGGAACUUACACAGGGUGUACUGGUGUUCAAUGGUCAGCAGCGAGCAACAUUGCAUUACAGUAUCCCCAAAGAAGGCAGUGGGCCUGAAAGGGGAGGUGGUAAAGCAGAUUGGAAUUGCAGCAAGUGUGGUGUUAACAAUUUUCGCAGAAGGAAUCUAUGUUUUAAAUGCAAUGCACCUAGAGAAGAAGCUGAAUGUACUAGACAUUGUGGUGAAGGUUUUGAUGAAGUUAGUUCUACUCCAUCCAACACACUUUUAUUUAGAAAUCUUGAUAUUCUUACUACUGAAGAACGAGUACUUGCCGUAUUAGGCCAAUUAACAAGUUUACCGAUAAAAAGCUUGCGUGUUGCAAAAGAUCCUUUAACUAACACUUCUCGUGGAUUCUGUUUUGUUGAACUUCAUUCUACAUCAGAGGCUACUCAGUUGCAUGAUCUGUUGCUUUCAAUGGGGGGUCAGUUUUAUAUAGAUGGCAGACAAGUUGGAAGUGCAUCACAAGAGAGUUUACCCAACACAAACUUAAUACAGCCAUAUGUUACUGUAUCAUAUGCAAAAAGGUCGCUAACUGCUAUGAAUAGUGCUGCGAGUGCAAAUGCUGCAAGUGUUGCAUUAGCAGCAGCUCAGUGGACCAAUCAGAAAAAUAUCUCCAAUUUAGGAACUGUAGUAGUUGAUGGUGUAACAUAUCAGAAAUAUCCUGUUCCAGAUGUAUCCACUUAUCAGUAUGAUGAUACCUCUGGGUAUUAUUAUGAUCCAACAACAGGCUUAUAUUAUGAUGCCAAUUCUCAAUAUUAUUAUAAUGCUGAUACUCAACAGUAUUUAUAUUGGGAUGGUGAAAAGCAAACUUACCUUCCAGCUCCAACAGCUGCUAGUAAUUCAGGAAUGGCUGCUGCUGCUGCUGCAGCUGAAGAAGCUAUUCAUGAUAAAACUAAAGGAAAAGAGAGAGAUAAACAAGAUAAAGUAAAAAUUGCUAAGAAAAUUGCAAAAGAUAUGGAGAGAUGGGCAAAAACAUUAAAUCAGAAAAAAGAAAAUGCAAAAUUAGGUCUAAUAGGUAAUAUUCCACAAAGUAUAUUUCUUAGCGAGUCAUUUGGUAGGCAGUCUGCUGCAGCAGAUGCUGGUUUUGCAAUACUUGAAAAAAGAACAACUCCAGCAGAAAGGCAAGCAUUAUUAACAGAUGCUUUAAAGAAAAAAGAAAUGGAAGAAAAGAAAUUAAUGAGUUUUUCAGUUCUUGCCAAAGAAAAACCACCAGCACUUGUAGCAGCUUAUGGUGGUGAAAGUGAUUCUGAAUCUGAAGCAGACCUUCCAGAGGAAUGUUCUGCUCUUGAUGCUUGGAAAGCAGAAGAAGCCAAGCUUACAGAUUGGGUUAAAAUUGCUUGUUUGCUAUGUAAACGUCAAUUUCCAAGUAAAGAAGCUCUUUCCAGGCAUCAGCAACUUUCUGAUCUUCAUAAACAAAAUUUAGAUAUGUUAAAAAGAAGUAAACUUACACCAGACCAAUUAGAAGAAUUAGAGAAAAAAGAAAAGGAGGCUGGAUAUCGAGAUAGAGCAAAAGAAAGAAGAGAGAAAUAUGGUCAACCGGAUCCUCCACAUCCUAACAGGUUGAAAGAUAAAUACAUGAAACAUUUGGAACAACAACAGGCUGCAGCAUAUGAAGAACCUACAAAACAAGGAAUUGGUAGCGAUAAUAUAGGAAAUAAAAUGCUAAAGGCAAUGGGAUGGACGGAAGGUCAAGGAUUAGGAAAAACUAAUCAAGGAAUGUCUGGAAUUGUAGAGGUACAAAGAAGAGUUCAAGCUGCUGGUUUGGGCAUGAAAGGAGCCACUUAUGGAGCAAGUGCUGGUGACACUUAUAAAGACGCCGUCAAAAAGGCCAUGCAGGCAAGAUACAACGAAAUCUCUUAGUAACAUGUUACAAGAGAAUCCUGUACAGUGUCCGUGACGAUCAUCAUUGUGCGUGUAGAUAAUUUUUUUAACGACGAAAACCGCCACGUAUUUUUCUUGUCAAAAGAGCCUCCGGUCUCAUGUAUCAUUGUUUUCAUUAAACAUUCCUUUGCAAGAAUUUAGAUUGUAAGAUGAACUUUAUUUAAUUAAAGCUUCUUAAAAAUAAAA